UCACAUUUGAAUCUUAAAAACAUUUUUCUAACCAACACUGUUUUCUCAGAAAGUUAAAUUAAAUCCUGACCAACAGCAUACGCCUGUCAACUUCUCUCAUUUAUCAUUCGGCGUUUGUCUGAUUAGACUAGCAUAUUACCUUUCCUUCCUGGAAAAUAUAUCCGGCCAUUUGGAUUCAGCAUUAGGGACUGAGUUGAAGGGACAUCACUAAUGAUCAGACAUCAUAGAUGAAAGCUAUUUUUCACCAGGACAGAGACCUCACUCAGUUGAAAUAAUGAGGACUUUAGAUUUAGAUGAAUCGUUCAUUGAUCCUUUUCUGGAGCUAGCUCCGUUUUCUGCACGCUCUGAAAAAACUUAUGAUGAAGGACGCACAAAAGUAGAACACAGACAGAUAAUUGGGAAUUUACCGAUACCAAUAGAUAAUUUAAAAGCUCACCUACCAUUUUUAGCCACUCAUCUACAAGAAGCUCUAGCUGAAUCAGUUUCUGCAGGAAAUCCGAAUCAAUGUUGUAGUGCUGGACAACGUCCUGGACCAAUCAAUACAAAUCUAUCACCAGGAUUCCAUGAAUCUGUUCACUGUGAACAUCGCUCACCGCCAACUCCAACACCAAACAUUUCCUCAGUAGCGAUUCAACAUAUUCGACAAGAACGGCGUCAACAGCAACAACAAAAAACCUGCACAGUAGAUGAUUCCCCCCCUUCAUGUGAACUCUGUCAUAACACCCAUGAAUUACAACAUCACAUUUGUCAAGAGAAUAUUGAGUAUUUACAGAAUCAAUUGUUAGAUAUGAAACACCAACUGCAAUACUGUCAAGAGAGAGAGAAAACUAAAGAACAAUUAUUGGAAGAAAGUUACAAUACAACGAGACAAUUACAAGAAAGCGUUACAAACUUGUUCCAACAGGUUGGAGAACGAGAAAAUUUGUUGCAUAAAUUAAGCUUGGAAGUGAAUAAAUUGAAAAAUAAACAUGAGGAAGUAAUUUCACAGCGCGAUUCAUUUCAAAACCAAACUAAAGAACUAGAAGAACGCUGUCAUGAUCUACACAAAAAGUAUGAGAAUAAUGCAAAUAACUUGACAAUGAUGGUGAAGGAACGUGAUGAAUUAUUGGCAAAAUUGAAAUCAGAACGUGAGAAUAUCGAAAACAUCAGUGAAGAACGGAAAAGACAGAUAAUGAAAAUGCUCAAAGAAACUUCAAAUAUACGUGAAAAGCUAGAUUUACAAAUAGGUCGAUCAAUGCAACUGGAAGCAGAGUUAGCUCGUCUUAAAUCGGUGAAUGCACAGUUGGAAUCUGGGAUUCAGGAAAUGAGUAAGCAAAGUCUGUCAAAUGCUCAAACAAGUGCAGCUGAAAUUCGCUCUUUGCAAGAAGAAAAACAAACAGCAUACAAUUCACAUCAAUUAGAAAUCAACCAAAUAAAAAAAGAAUUAAAUCAGCUGAAUAAUGAAAACACUGAGUAUAAGAAGGAAAUUAGUCGAUUACAAACUAAAACUAAUGAUUUGAAGGACGAGGUUAUUCAAUGUAGAAAUAAUUUACAGGUUAAAACAAAUAUUCUGGAAGAGAAAGAGAGACAAAUUCACUCACUUACUCAUGAACUUGAAUCUUGUCAUCGGGAGUUAGAAACACAAAUCAACUCAGUUGGAUUGUUCAAAUCAGAACAGAAAAUGAUUCAAAAUUCAUUCGAAGAGAAAAUAAAACAAUUAGAAAUUAUUGAUAGUCAGAAGCAAAGAGAAGUUGAAAAUUUGUCAAUGGAUUUAAAUCAAGCCAAGGUGAUUUCUUUAAUUAAGUAUUUUAUUGAUGUUUUGUUAACCCUUUCACGGAAUUGAAAUCUGUGGUUAGG